AUGGCGUCCGCACAUCAGCGGUCAGCGUCGCAGCCUGUGAUACCGAUCAAGUCGACCGCGCCACCCGAGGUCUCGACCUCAUACGCUGGCUCAUCCAUUGGGGGAGCACCCACCCUCUUCCAGUUCGUGCAUACCGUUCCCGCGCCCCUGACUUCCGCGUUGGUCGGGCUAUCUCCAUGUUUGGCUACUAUUCGGCAUGGACUGCAAGUGCUCAGUUGGAAAGCCGGCUGGGAAGAGAGUUGGCUGCUUCUCGGUGCUUGGUGGGCUGCAUGUCUGACUCUUGAUGCCAGUUUACGAUAUCUACUGCCAGUGCUAUUCCUGGUUGGUCUGGCUUUGGCGAGGAAUCGAGCAAGACGCAUACAUGCCGAACAUCCGCUCACGGAGAUUGCUCUACAAAGCGCCGUCUCUGACCUCAAUGUCGUGCAAAACUUGCUCCCCACACUCCCCUCUCUACCGGCAACACCACUCCCAAAUCUUCUUCGCGCGUCAGCUAUCAUAUAUGUCCCCUACAUCCUCUUCACCUACCUCGUCCCCCUUCGCGUCAUCCUCGGCCUGGCCGGCACGAUCCUUCUUACAUAUCGUGCAAACUGGGCAUCCUACCUCCGCCGCACACUAUGGCGAAGCGCAUGGGUCCGCUGGACUACAUAUCGGAUCUGGUCCUAUCUUUCCGGCUUCCCCUUCCCGGACACGCUCCCUCCAGCCCCCAUACACGCAGAGGCCAUCUCGGGAGAACCGAUCGCCCGUUUACGCUUCUUGUUCACGAUCUACGAGAACCAGCGCUGGUGGAUGGGCCUGGACUGGACAGCUGCUCUACUACCCAACGAGCGUCCAUCAUGGUGCGGACCCGCCCCAGGGCUUGCGCCUGUACCUCCACCCAGCGCGUUCGCACUCCCUGAACCCUCCGCGUCAUAUAUCAGCGAUGGCCGUGGCGGGCGCUUGAAGCGCACAGCAGUUUGGACGUGGGAGGAGCCGGAAUGGAAGGUGCUCGUGCGACGCGAAGGGGACACCGUCUCUGGUCGCGAAGUGCGUACUGUACCUACGCAACGUGAAGACGGUUCGGCGGCGCAGAGGUUGCGCAAGCUCAUGGAUGCGGGCGCGGCUUCGGUGGGAACCUCCGGUGCCACGGUUAGUCCGUCUACGGCUACUGUGGAUUUGAAACCAGAGCAUGAAGAGAAGGAAGAGGUGCCCGUUGAGGAUGAGGUCACAGACGCUGACGGCUGGGUGUAUGGCGAUAACAAGUGGGAAAGUCGAUCGGCCAAGGGCGGGAUGGGGAAGUACACUCGCUAUCGAAGAUGGACCCGUAUCGCUGUGCUACAGGAGAUUGUCGAGCCCGUGGAACCUGGUCCAUUGGGCGUUCUGCGAGAAGAGGAUCCCGUUGCGAUGACCGACGAGCCCGAGAAGCUUGAUCAUGCACCCGCCCGCACGCCAUCCCCCGAGGCGACAAGAAGGAAACGGGCAUCCGACUCUCCCCAAUCGUCUAUUCGUAGCGUCUCGCCGGACGAUCAGCGAACAGGGAGGUUGCGUGCUCGUCUCCAGGCAGCGAUAAAAGGACAGUCUACUUCAUGA